AUGUCUCCCAAACAGAGGAAGAAGCCCUCCCGCCAAAAAAACCAAGCCUCCGAUUCCUCCGUGACGUCCCCCAUAUUUACAACCAAUUACCGUGAAAUCCACCAGACAGAGGUGGAAGCUCUGCGUUCCAUCUAUGGCGAUGACUUUGAAGAAGUAGAAAAUAGGCGGUCGGCCUGGCAGCAAUCCUCCGAUGUGACUUUCAAGCUCCAUUUGCGAUCUUCUUCGAAUCCCGACAUACUUCUCAUUUUGCUGGUCGAACUGCCAGCUACAUAUCCUAAAACAAUCCCCAAUCUCUCACCGGGAAACCUCGACGGCUUUCGCGAUGGAGCGCGUUCCCGAAUUCAAGAUAUUCUACGCAACAAACCAAAAUCUCUGCUCGGAAGUGAGAUGAUCUACGAGCUGGCAGUGUCCAUCCAAGAUGUUCUGGAGGAUGUUGCUCAGGCACAGGCACAGGACAAAGACCUACCCAGCCUUGAAGAGGAGCGUAUGGAGCAAGAGGCGGCUGCUCUUCAACGUGCAGACCUAGAAAAACAGGAGGAACUUCGCAAACAAAAGGCUGCAGCGGUCGAGGAAGAGCGCGCAUUACAAGAAAUGCUUCAAGACAAGAUGCGACAGCGGAACAAGGCUCGCAUUUUGAGACGAAAGAGUCGAACUGGCGGCGCGGAUAUGAGUUACGUUGAUGAGCUUGUGGAAAAUACCCCUGGCGCCAUCUGCUUUGAUCCUCCGUUAGCCGUCAACGACACCGAUGAGCAGCCGCUGGUCUUCCGCGCCGUUCAUGGCAAGACCCUGCUGCAAAGCAAACAGUGCAAAAAGACCUUCACUGUCAGGCCUGUUGUGUCUGAGAACCGAUGCCACGUCCCGCUGCUUGUUUUGAAAGAGCUUUGUCUCAGCGAAAAUAAUUCCGAGGGAUUGACAUUCCGCGAGCAGAUGCGCACCAGCGAGGAUAAGUUAGAGGGCAUCAAGCGGUUACGACACCCCAAUCUGGUUGAAUUCGUGGGGUUCAAAAUCAAUCGCCCAGUUGGCAACCUCGAUUCUCCUGAUAAUUCUUGGACUGUCUUUACACUUUGGGAGUAUGCAAACAAGGGUUCCCUUUCCGAGCUCCUAGAUAUCGUGGGGACCGUAGCUGUUGACAUGCUUCGCGGCUGGAUGAUUCAGUUACUUGAGGCCCUAGAGUUCUACCACCGCAGCGGUUUUGUCCAUGGGAACAUUCAUUGUGGUCGAGUCUUUUUGUUCAGGACUCCUUCUGGUGAAACUAUCGUUAAACUGCAGUCUAACGUCGAGGAAGCUUUGCCCGACGCUCCCUGUGGAAAGCCCUCUUUCGCGGCGUCAAAAUCACCACUUUGGGCACCCCCGGAGCUGACCCAGGACAGUUCUUCUCCUUCCAUGAAGACCGAUGUCUGGGAUCUUGGAAUUGUGCUGCUUCAGAUGGGCUUUGGAAAGGAUGUCCUCCUUAGGUAUACCUCCGCCAAUCAGUUGAUGGUGUCUAUGGGGCUCUCGCCGCCCUUGCAAGAUUUGCUUUGUGAAUUCUUCCGCCCAGAUCCCAGGAAGCGUCCGACUGCUUUCCAACUCCAACCCUCUGAGUUCUUCCGGGUGGAUGCGCCGUUAAAGAUGCGAGAAAGAGCGUCGGGAUCUGUGUCAUUGCAGAGACGGCCACGCCUAGACUCUUUUGGGGCCAUGCCGGCUUUCUCACGAUACCACCAAGACUUCGACGAGGCAGGUCAACUAGGCCGUGGUGGAUUUGGACAGGUAGUCAAAGCCCGGAACAAGCUCGAUGGUCGAUUGUAUGCAAUCAAGAAGAUCUCACAAACAUCGGCCGCAGCGUUGAAAGACACGCUUUCCGAGACCAUGUUGCUAUCUCGGCUGAACCACUCCUAUGUUGUUCGAUACUACACUGCUUGGCUCGAAGAGGACUUCAAUCAAAUCGAAGAAGAGGCUAUGUCCUCCACCGAAGGAGACCCGUUUGCUAGCCAGGAUCACCACGGAUUCAGUACAGGAGGCCUCGAUUUCAUCAGUUCCAGCGGGUAUCCCAAAAUAGAGUUUGCCGCAUCAGACAGCGAUGAUGAAAACGAAGGAACGUUAUCCGACCCUGCUCACCCAGAGACGCCAGAGAGGGUAAACGAUACUGGCGUUGAUUCCAGAAGCACAGAAGAAGAGCUUAGCCGAGCGAGAUCUGGCUCUUAUGCCAGGCCUAUUUUAACCACACUCUACAUCCAGAUGGAGUACUGUGAGAAGCAUACUUUGCGCGAUCUAAUAAGGGAUGAUCUGUGCGAUGAUACCGAGCGUUCAUGGCGUCUCUUUCGCCAAAUCCUCGAUGGAUUGAGCCAUAUUCAUAGUCACGGCAUCAUACACCGUGACUUGAAGCCUGACAACAUUUUCAUUGACGUUGCAAACAAUCCCCGCAUUGGUGACUUCGGCCUUGCAACAAGUGGUCAAUUCACCACGGCCGUGCGUUCGUCCGCAGCCGCAGACUUUGAAGGGGAUUUCACUCGCAGUUUGGGUACAACCUACUAUGUGGCACCGGAGAUGAAGUCGGUUGUUUUGGGGCACUACAAUGAGAAGGUCGAUAUGUAUUCGCUCGGUGUUAUUUUCUUUGAGAUGUGUCAUCCAUUGCCAACUGGCAUGGAACGAGAUCAAACUCUCCGACAAAUCCGAGAAAAGAACCAUACUCUUCCACCCACUUUCCAGCAAUCUGACAAGUUACUUCAAGGCCAGAUCAUUGAAUCUCUUCUGAGCCAUACCCCAAGCGAGCGUCCCACAGCCUCCGACCUUUUAUCCAGUGGAAAGAUCCCUCUUCAGGUCGAGGAAGAGACAUUCAGACGGGCUAUUGUGCAUCUACUCUCGGAUCCAAAUUCACCCGACUACAAAAAGAUUCUAUCAGCCAUCUUUUCUCAGUCGCCUAAGAAAUUUGAAGAUAUUGCGUGGGACAUAGACUCGCAUGCGGUACCGGCCGCCAACGAGCUACUUGUCCAGGGCCUGGUCAAAAAGAAGCUAACCUCGAUAUUUCGAAGACACGGUGCUGUUGAGUCAACAAGGCAAAUGCUAUUUCCCAGAUCCCAGCAUUACAAUAGCGGUGCUGUACGUGUGCUGGAUGCAUCUGGCAAUCUUUUACAGCUGCCAUAUGAUCUCACACUUCCAAACGCACGAGCAAUUCCAAGACAAGAUCGCUCAUUGGAAAAGACAUUUGCAUUUGGCACAGUUUACAGAGAUUCACCCCAUGGGAGCGAACCACGAACCCACCGUGAAGUUGACUUUGAUAUUGUGUCCCACAACACCCUGGAUCUAGCCUUAAAGGAGGCAGAAGUGAUCAAGGUUUUGGAUGAAAUCAUCGAGGAAUUCCCACCUUUGCGGUCUACCCCGAUGUGUUUCCUUGUCAAUCACUCCGACCUGCUCCAACUUAUCAUGGAAUUCUGCCGCAUCACGCCUACGCAAAUCCCAAAGGUAAAGGAGGUUCUCAGUAAGCUGAAUGUUGGAAAAUAUACCAUGCAAACGAUUCGAAGUGAACUCCGAGCCCCGGCAAUUGGUGUUGCUUCGACUUCGUUGGACGACCUUGCCCGUUUCGAUUUUAGAGACUCGUUGAAGGAGACAAAACGCAGGCUGCAGAACAUCAUGGAAGGAACGGAAUACGCAGAGCGGAUUUCCCCAAUAUUCGCGCGCUUGAACGUGCUCAUGACCUAUUUGCAGACUUUUGGCGUGAAACGAAAAGUCUACAUCAAGCCACUCAGCAGUGUUCAUGACAAGUUCUACCGCGGUAGCAUUCUGUUCCAGUGUAUCUUUGAUAGCAAGCGACGCGAUGUGUUUGCUGCAGGUGGCAGAUAUGACCGGUUGAUCCAGGAAUUCUCACCUAAUGUCCUAUCAAACCGACCACAAGCGCAUGCUGUGGGUUUCAACCUCGGUUCGGAUCGAUUGCGCUCAUCAAUGAUCGAUUAUCUGAAGGCCAAGGCUCUCUCGAAAGACUCCGAGGCGAGUUCUGAGUCGUACUGGGCGGCCCGUCGGUGUGAUGUACUUGUUGCCAGCUUUGACCCAACCGUCCUUCGCACAACAGGAGUCAAACUCAUCGAAGAACUCUGGUCAAACGACAUAAGCGCAGAGCUUGCAGUCGAUGCCUCGUCCCUUGAAGAGCUUCUGGUAAAAUACAAAGACUCCAAUCACCGGUGCAUUGUGAUUGCCAAGCAAGAUAGCAAGGAGCGUGGAUUCAAAGUUCGGAACCUGAUGCGCAAGGAGGAAUUUGAUAUCCGCACCCCUGAACUUGUGCUGUGGCUUCGAUCAGAAGUGCAGGCGCGCCACCAUCGCGAGGGAACUGCUGAUCCCCGCCAAUCCCGUCAAUUGAGCCAGCAGGAGGCUCUCGCGUCCCAGGAACGGGCAAAUGAUGUUCGCAUCCUCGUCCCCCAACAUCGAAGCAAGAAGACCAACAGAAGGAAUAUUGUUGAGUCAGCCCUACUUUCCGCUCGCGAAGUAGCCGAAAACGCCCGCAACGGCCCUGUCGCUGCUAUCGAUACCCGCGACGAAGUCCUCGACGCUAUUCGGGACACGCGUCUUUCUGACGCAGAGAGCUGGCGCAGCGUGAUCCAGAACGCACCGCUGACAGAGCGGAAGUAUCUCAGUCAAGUACACGAGCUACUCACUGAUUUGGCUGUGGAGAAUCGCACAAAUGACACAGAAAGCUACACGAAUGCUUUCAUCUACAACUACCGUACAGGCUCCUGCGUGUACUACGACCUGGGACCCUAG